AUGUCAGGUUUAAUAUCACAGCUGAAGCACAGAGUGCAGACCUCCACGCAGCGCGGUGAAACACCGGAAAACUCCGCUCCGGGGGACGAGUAUUAUGUUGCGGAACUGGACCAAGGUUCAAAACGGCUGGGACUUUUCUCCUCCAUCGGGCUCAUCUGCAAUCGUAUGCUGGGUGCUGGUAUAUUUGCAGUUUCGUCGACCAUCUACACACUGAGCGGAUCGAUCGGGCUUGCCCUCAUCAUGUGGGUCGCCGGUGCAAUCAUUGCCCUGGCGGGCCUUUUUGUGUACUUGGAAUUUGGAAGUAAUAUUCCUCGUAAUGGAGGUGAAAAGAAUUACCUCGAGUAUAUCUUCAAGACGCCCCGCUUUUUCGUCACGUCAAUGUAUGCCUCGUACGUGUUUUUUCUCGGGUGGGCCGCUAGUAACUCCGUCAAUGCCGCCGUCAUGUUCCUGACAGCUGCGGAUGUGGAAGUCACCACUUGGAACCAAAGGGGACUGGCAUUGGGCGUAUUGUCAUUCUGUUUCCUCAUCAACGCGAUCAACGUCAAACUGGGCAUUUACAUUCAAAAUAUACUCGGGAUUUUUAAGAUUGUUAUUGUGCUGUUCAUCACUGUGACUGGAUGGGUUGCUUUGGGUAACAAGAACUUGAGGACCGACAAUUUUUCCAACGCGUUUGAAGGUACCACUAAUGCGACGGCCUAUGGCGUAGUCAACGCUCUCUACAACGUCAUUUGGUCCUUUAUUGGCUAUUCAAAUGUUAAUUAUGCCUUGGGUGAAGUUAAGAACCCAGUGAGAACACUAAAAAUUGCCGGUCCCGUCUCUGUCAUCUUUUUGGCUAUCAUUUACAUUUUCGUCAACAUCGCCUAUUUCGCCGUUGUUCCCAAAGAAAAACUGGUGUCUUCUAAACUGAUCUUGGCUGCUGAUUUUUUCGACAUUGUUUUUGGCGGACACGCCAAAAAGGCCGCUUCCGCCAUCGUUGGCUUAAGUGCUGUGGGUAAUGUUAUGUCGGUCAUUUUUGCUCAAGGAAGAAUUGUCCAACAGCUCGGCCGUGAAGGUGUCCUUCCAUUCUCAAGCUUCUUCGCUACUUCAAAGCCGUUCAACUCCCCAUUGGUUGGUCUUUUCCAGCACUUUAUUGUCUGUGUGGUUACCAUUAUAGCACCUCCCCCAGGUGACGCUUACAACUUUAUUUUGAAUUUGAUCUCUUAUCCUCUCAACAUCAUAAACCUGGCUAUAAGUUCUGGUCUUUUGUGGAUAUAUUGGCAAAGACGCCAAAAUAAAGUCGAAUGGAACCCUCCGAUCAAGGCCGGUGUUUUUGUCACGACAUUUUUCAUGUUGUCCAAUCUUUAUCUUGUUGCUGCCCCAUAUGUGCCACCAACCAACGAUAGCGAUGCCGUUUACACUUCAAUGCCAUACUGGACGCACUGUGUUGUGACGUGGGGCGUAUUUGCCGUUGGGGCAAUCUACUGGUUGGUAUGGUCUCGAAUUCUUCCUAAAUUUGGCGGUUAUGAGCUUGAGGCAGUCGAGAUUCUCGGGGAAGAUGGAUUUUGGAGAAAGAAGAUCGUCAAGAAGCCGCUCUCGGUCCAAGACGUCACCAAUGAGAGUAUAUUCAUUGAGAACACCCGGUCUGGAAAGACUGUGGCGGGUGAAUCAGACUAUUUAAGUGGAUAA